AUGCCUCCCUUUUCUGCGAUAAACCUCGAGCCCGAGGAGAAUAUUGACGACGAGGUCGAUACUACCCGGGAGCUGCACAUCGACGAGGCCUUGAAGCGCUUCCAGACUGCCUUGAAGCUUCAUGCCCAGGGACCCCGACACUACGAAGACGCCAAAGUCGCAUACGAGUCGCUCUUCGAGUCGGACAUAUUUCAGUACCCCGAGAGUGCCACCGAGUUCGAGCGAACCGAGCGCCAGUCCGACUCUCGCCAUCUGCCCCUCGACGCAUCGCUCGCCCAGUCUCUCGACGACGCCCAAGCAGACAUAGAUGGCAGUGGCAGCAGUCUUCCCCAGACACUGUACCUGGCAUACAAGAAUCAUGGCCAGUUUGCGCUAGACAGGAUCAGACACCAGACAAAGACGCGGGAAGGCGAUGCCGUGUCCAUACUCGCCGACGCAAAGGUAUUGGCCCUGGCCCAAAAGGCCCUCUACGAGUUCAGCGCAGCUCUGGACCACGACCCUUCGGAUGCCGAACUUUGGAGACGGGCAGCUCGCGUAGCCGCAUUCCUGAGUAGUGCUAGGAUUAGUCGCUAUUGCCUCGAGGCUGCCAUCGAGCUCGACGACGAUCCCGCCAUAGACGAGGUCGAGCCCCCUUCUCUGGCCGAAGGAUUCGCUGGCGAACAACUAAAGGCGCAACUUGGCGUUCUGGCUGACGACCUUUCCUUGACUCACCCUAUCAUGGUCCCCUUUCUCAAGAGGUCGUUGCCGGGACCACUGAAGAAAUAUCUUGAUCCCUUCCCCUUCCUCCCAAAUCCCACCCACGCCCUAGCGCAACCCAAGACGGCACUGGACCAACAAGAGCCGCGUCGUCUGAUCAUUCAUGUGCCGUUACCCUCGUGGACAGAUCUGGGUAUGGCGCUGGUCCACCGUGUCGCAGCUGAUGGACCAGGCGGAGAAGCCAUCACUAUUGACAUCCCCGUUGUGCCCGAAGGCCCCGAUGAUAUGCAGAUGUUGGUCGAGCGACCAAAGCCCCAAACAACUGAGGAGCCCAUAUCGGUUCCAACAGCCGUAGAGGCCGAGCCACCUGCGCCGUUAAAGGACGACCAGCUGGAGUCUCCGAUAGAGGGCAACGCUGAGAACGAGAAUCUGUCGGAAGAGGUAGCGGUUGAGCGGAGUGAAUCUGUACUGUCGCGAAAACGGUCACAGUCGGCUGCUGGGUUCCCAGAGGGUAUGGAUCAAGACGUGAUUGACCAGAAAAGGAGCAAGAGGAUCCGCCGGCGAGAGACCGCUGCCGGGGAUUCUAUAGACACCAAUACCCUCCUUGCAGCACAGCUCCAGCCGUUCCAAGCUGCUGACCAAAACCUCUUCCAGAUGACGCGAAAUAUGGUUGAGAAUCUCGGAGUGACGGAUCGCGAUACUCUUGACCGCCUUGCGGAAGUGCUAGAUUCAUGUGCAUCUGACACACGAACCGCCAAGUUGACCAGGUCAUCGAUGGUUGACUUGCGGGAUUCCCUGACCAAGUUCAGUGAGGAAAACACCAAGGCCAUUCUGGGUAAGAAGGAGACACCCCCAAUUGGUUUCUCGUCUUUCCUUGAACAUUCCAAACCCGGUUCCCAGAACAAACCCCUAACGCCCAUGUUCCACGAGACGAGAGGCUUGCACGAUUUCGUUGAGAAGGUCAACGAUGACUGGAUAUGCAUCCAGGACGCUGCUUUCGAAUGGGUGAAGCAUGUUUGCGCCACUUAUCUCACGAGCAAGUGGUCCGACUCGAUGAAGACGGCAGUGGUCCAAGUCAUUAGCCAUAUGGAUGAAGACAUAUACCUUCGAGUGCAGCAUGAGCUGUCGAGGUCUGAGUCUGGCCAGAGUUCACCGCAAGUACUCGAUAUGAUUGACCAAACGGUCCAGAUGCUGUUCGAAUUACACUUGGACGUCUAUGAGCGGAUUACCAAUCCUAACAGUGCCGUGGACUUCGCUAUUCGCGUCGAGACAAAGGGAAGGAUGGGACGAUGGUUUGCUCUCGCUGCACGGAUGAGCCGGGAUCGACCGCAAAGGGCAGACAACUCUAUAUCAAUCCGGUUCCUGUGGUCUGCCGUAUUCGCUGUCACGCUCACCGAAGGUGUGUCCAGAGACCAUAUUCUCCAGUGCUGGAAGAGCCUGCGAGACAGACUAGGCGAGGAGCAGACGGCCAUCGACUUACAGCUACCGAAUAAUGCGAUCAUGCCGGAAGUGUCAGCACAUGCCGCAGAUCGGGAGAUCUCCAAACUGACUACGAUGGACUUCUUCCUGGGACUGUUCCAGAACGACAUGAAAGACCCCAUAUCCGUCAUUGAAAGUCUGGAGCCCGUCUUGAAUCCCUCUUCUGUCCACUCGACGAUAGGCCCAACGGAGCCGUCUGAUGCCAUAGCCGUCGACGAGCACCUGGCACCCGCGACUCCCGAUCAGGACACCAUGCCCAUCUUGGAGACAGCAAGUCAAGGUCUGCAGGAUCUUUGGAAAUUUCUGCUGGGCACGAGUACUGAACUGCGGCUCUUCCUAUGGACGCGCCUUGGCGACGCGUAUGAAGCUAUCAAUUACAAAACGAAGCAGUUCUCGUGUCUCUUGAAGAGCAUCGAGAUGGUGGUUGGUGAUUUUGAGCGGGAUGCCUACCUGAACGUAUCUGCCGAGAUACGGCGACCUCUGUUUUUGAAGAUGCUGAGGUUUCUUGACGAGUUGCUGAUAAAGAGUCUCUCUUCAGCUCUCAACGAUAGUCAUGCUUUUGAUAUUGUGGACGAUGAUCAUCUGAAGUCGAGUAUCUCGACUUUGACAAAACUCAGUUGCAUCCUCCACGUGUCGUGCAUGUACGAAGACGAAGUCCGUGUGGGCAUGGCGCAGCACCGUUCGAACGGAGCAACAUUUCAGUCUUAUUUAACCAAGCUUCGCGAGAUGCAGGUCCGGAACUGGUCCUUACUGUAUACACUACUGAAGGCUGGGAUUGCGCAGAACAAGUCCGGCUUUACUACGCCCGAGAACGAUCUGGCAGACUAUCUCGCAGCUGUUCACCAGGUCUUGGGACUACGGAAGUUCUGCAAAGCAUCUAACAGGAUCUUCCUGAAGAUGAUGCGGGUGGAACUCCUGAAGCAGAACAUGAUCGACAACUGGGAAGACUACCUGGGACAAGUACUCUAUGACCUCUACGGCUUGAAGCUCGGAGUUGGUCUUUCCGAGGUGCAGGAUCACGGAUGCCCACCUGAGAACCUCGAGCGGCGGAAUACUACAGCGUUGGUCGAGAGGGUUGCCAUACUCGCCAAUCGCAUUCCCAUGAAGGAUCUGCUCAAGUCGGAUCUGAAGAACACGAUCGAGCAUAUGCAACAAGCCAUUGGACAGACAAAAUCCAACCAGCAGCUGAUUCACAACCUCCGCAUUUACACCCAAACCCUGCAAAGGGCCAUUGACCCUCUCGAACUCUACAAGGCCUUCAAAGGCGAUGUGGCUAUCGAUGCCGUGGAAGUCCACACAGCCGACAGUGCUCUGGCGAAGCAUCGAUGGUUCUUUCUACUUGGCAUGAUAGCAUUUACCAAGUUCAAAGGAGUAGAUCUGAACAGGAGACAGACACCAGGCGCUACUGACGACCUUCGUAUCGGUGCCACGUUCCUCCGCCAGCAGUUGCAGUUCACUCCGGACCAAUGGGACGCUUGGUUCAGACUCGCUGAGUGCUUUGAUUAUGAACUCGAUGAGUCGGUUCUUUGGACCGCGGACAAGAUGAACAAGGAGCGGGCAGAGCUGGUGAAGUAUCAGAGGAACGCCAUCCACUGCUACACCUUGGCACUUUCGCAUUCCCACACUGCCCUGUUUGAUACCCACGAAGAGAGCCUGGAUGCGAUACACGACCUGUAUCACAAGUUUGGUAUGCGCAUGUAUGCUUCAAGUCGGGAGCCGUUUGCCAUGGAACCGUUCAGUUCCGAGUCGAAACGGUUCUACAUCCAUGAGACUGGUGCUGAUACUAGAGAGCUGCACCCCAAGAUGCAGGACUACAAAGUCUGGAGGUACGCGUCCAGGUUGUUCAGAAAGGCCAUGGAAGUCAAGCCUACGCAAUGGAAAAACUCCUACAUGUACGCAAAAUGCAUUUGGAAGAUGUACCAGAAGCCAUUGACGUCCCUUGGUCACCAGGACAGGCGGGACCGACCAACUGUGCAGGUCGUAAUCAACACCCUCGAGCGAGCAGUUGAAGUGGUCUCUGCGCUGCCAAAGCCACGCGGCAGCCAAGAUCCCAUCCUGGAGCCGCACUACAAGAUCGUGUCCAUCGUUCACAAGCUCGUCGGAGUCGGGGACCUGGGCCUUCAGGAGGGAGCAGACAUCCUCCAACGCCAACCAUAUGCCAUCCGAGAUGGAGAGCACGUCGAUAUAGGCGACGCAGAGGACUGGGAGUCGUAUGUCAUACAAACACUAACCCACUUACGAGAAAAGGACCGAUCCAACUGGCAACAUCGUAUCAUUAUGCGUCACGCCAGGAUCCUAUUUGACGAGGACUCUGACGAGUCGGGCUAUGUUCAGGCAAUGGCUGCAUUCGGAGUGCUCAAGGAGUCCAUGCUUACCAAGACUAUGGUCAUGAACGUAUGGAAAACUGACGCAGAGCGUCCAGGGCGACACCACGUCUACACCGAGCAGUAUGUAAGGUUCGUGGUGAAGCUGCUCGUUGUUCUGAAGGACAGGACGAACUUUGAAGCUCUACUUCGCCGCCUGCGCAAGAAAGGUGCUGAUUUUUACCAUUUUAAUGACCUGUGGCAGACCUGUUGCGUGGCGUACUUGCGCCUCAUUCGUCAGACGUAUCAAAUCUCCCCAGUCCUUGAAGACGACUUCAAGGUGACCAGCCCCGAGGAGUUUGAGAUAGUCACUGCUAGAAUUAGUGACUGGUCCUCAGAUCCGGAAAUUUCGCACCCUGGGUUGAGCGCCCUGCAGGAGACCGUGGAGCUGAAAAAGCUCAAUUCUGGCCUGAUGAAGGCCGGCGCCAUCGACGACUUGAUCAGCGACUGUUACACAGCCAUGUAUUUCGAGAUAGGCAAAUCGCUCCCGGGCCCUGCGGUUGCCACUCUUAUUGCAGAAAGGGAGCAGGCACGCCUCCGCGAAGAAGCUGGCCAUUCUGGCAAAGUACCAAAUGGCAAACCGGCAAACCCAUUCACCAGCAUCCUCAACCCGCAGUCUGUCGAGAACUCUGGCGCAGAAGGCGCACCUGGAGAGUCGACCCCAGCUAACAUCGAAGGAGCUCAGCGACCACGGAAAACUGGUAUUAGGAGGGCAGAUGUUCUCCGCAAGGCAGAGCAGGCCGUGCUGCGCGCUCAAGAAGGCCCCAAGCCCAAAUUGCGUCGCUCUGUAUCGAGCCACCAAACACCCACGGCCGAUGAGGGGAAUGAUGGUGAAGCGAUUGGCGAUGCUGGAAGCGACAAGGGCGAACACGACGAUGACGUGGAGAUGAGAGACGAAGAAGCCGAUCACGAGAGUUCAGAUCGCGAGAGUUCGGUGCCAGGAAGUGUUCAUGACUCCGCCGACGAUGAGAGUGAUCUGAGUGAUGUGCCCGCGGAAGACCUCCUGGACGAAGACGAAGCUCAGCGGUUGAUGUUCCCGAACUUGAUACAGAGGAGUCAGCAUCCUGACUCUGAUGAGAGUGACGACACCGAACCGGACGAGGUGGACUCGACGAUUGAAGAGGCAGAGGAAUAG